AUGGCGUGGAUUGACGAUUUGGUGUAUCGCCUUUGGCUUCUACGUACCAUCAUGGAUUCAAAAGCUUUGGACGCCAACGAGUUCGUGCUGUGCGUCUUGCUCAUCUUCUGGAGUGACUUUGACCUCACGCAGGACAUCGACUACAUCGAGUAUUUUGCUGGAACGGGCAACCUCAGCAAAUGCAUGAAGGCAGCUAAAUACAAGACUACUCGGCUUGACCUCAAGUACCAUGACGUCCCAAAGAACUCAAAGAGGUCAAACUAUAUGGACCUUAACAGUGGUUCUGGCUUUGCGUUGGCCAUGCUCCUCAUGAUGAAGGGGAAGCUGGGCUCCUUCGCAUGCCACUUUGGCAUCAAGUGCAGCAGCUUUUGCAAAGUCAACAUUGGCACGUCAAUGCGGAGUGCGUGCUCAGCCAUAGGAUGUACACUACAUAAGUCCGUCAGGGUGUCCAACAAACUUUUGGAAAGGACAUGCUGCUUGAUCCUACUUUGCACCGCGUUGGGAGGAUGUUGGUCGUUGGAGCAACCAUCUGGUUCACUGUUGGAGUACUAUCCCACUUGGAGGUUCAUCCUGGCAAUGAUCUUUUCUAUUGGUGGCCCUCAAUCAGUGACCGUGGUAAAAUGGUGGAUGCGGCACUAUGACAGUGCGACGGCCAAGAGGCAUUACGCCUUUUCCAACAGCCCCAGAGUUCUUAGGUUGAACAGAGGACGUCUUCAUAACCCUCCGUCCAAGAGGCAAGCCAUCAAAACAUGUGAGAAGUACAAAGACAAAACUGGGAAAACCAGAUUUAAGGGUACAAAGCACCUCCGUGCUACAGAGGUCUACCCCAUGCCCUUUGCCAGAGCGGUGGUGGACCUUAUCGAGGAAAUGAAGGCAUCCUCUCGAGGUCAACCUGAACUUGGUGACGCGGUGCCCCCAGCUACGACCACUUUGGCCAUGGAAUGGAAAAGUGACCAUGAAUUGUGGGAAUUUGUAGAGUUCGACCAGGUGUUCACGUAUUUACGGGGAUCAAAACGGUUGAACAUACCACCAGAGUUUCGACCAUUGAUUCCCAAAAAGAUUUAA